ACCACUCAACCCGUUAACCCGUUUUGCCGCGCUGCGGCCAAAAGCCCUAGCCUUCUCGGCCCCGAAGUCGCCUCUGUAUCGGUGUACGUCGCGCGUUAUUCUUCGGUGUCGCCGUUCUUCGACAGCCAGGUCAUGCUGUUAACUGAGUUUUGUGCUCAGAGUUCCAAGAAAUUGGGGAAUUUCCAAUUUCUUCGCCACGUUUCCUCGCUCUCUCGGUUGUACCAUAGCUCCAACGCAACACCAGGAAGUUGCCCAGCCACGUUUCCUUUCUCUCCCUUUCUCUGUCGAUAUAGUUAGGUCAGCCUUCUUGCUUUAAUGUGGGGCUUCAUCGCGCAACACAUCCCACUACCAGCAUUCUCUUUGUCGAGAACUCAGAAGCAUCUUUGUUAUGUUGCUUCACUAGGAUAAUACCAGUCUCCCUCUCUCUCUCUCUCUCUCACUGGCUUUCAUUAUUUUUGUUGGUUUAAAUUGUGUUAUAUUGGAUUUUAAUUUUGAAUUAUAGGUUGUUGUGACCAUUCUACUAUAACUGAGAUUUAAUUGAUUUUUUUGUUUGUUGGUUUUCUAUUAGCUUAAUUUGAGUUAUAGGCUGCCAAUAUCAAUUUGUUUGAGAUCUGAGAGAUUUUGUUCAGGAACAGUUACAAUGCAAUUGUUACUAAUAUUCGUUUGAGAUCAAACAUAUUCCUAUAUUAUCACAGUUGCUUUGUGAAUUGUUUUCCCUUGUUAUAAAAUAAUCUAUUUAUUCCUAAUUAUAGAAAAAAAAAAAAACUGAUAAAUGUUUAUGCUUUAUGCUUUAUGCUUUAUGGUUUUUUUUUUUUUUUUUUUACGAUAUGCAAUUUCUCCAAAACCGAUUCUCAUAUUGAUUAGUUCGAACCAAUGAGAUGGGCCCUGGUGUGUUCUAUAAUGUGUUUGUGAAAAUGUAUGAGUGAAUCCAAGGGAGUUCUACUUGUGGGGUCAUUUGAAUUGCAGGACAAUGUACUAAAUCCGUUAACCAUCCAGGUCUGUUUAUAUGUUUGCGAAAGUUUUAUCACAUCAUCAGACUGGACUGAUUAGUUACUAAUAUGGUAAUAUGCUGAUUCAUAUAAAAUAUUUUUUGGUUGGUUGUGAACUAAGGUAGUAUUGUGUUUCUUAUUUCUUUUCUUAAAUUUAAUUAAAAUAUUGUUGUCACUUGAGAUGUUUUGCUCUUUUUUCAGAUUGUUUGAAUAUUUUUGCUGAGGUUGACACUCUUUUUUGCGUUGUUUGUGGCCAACAAUUUAGGUCAAGAUAUGGGUUAAACCACAAAACCAGCACGGCAACCUGUCCACUUUACCUGUUUACUAGUUAGUAGUUACAUUCAAGAGCGAGUAUAGCACAUAAUAACAACCCAACCACAACCCUGUUUUGCCUGGCUGAGCCUACCGUGUCUGGGAAUGUCACAUUAUUCAGUGCAUGUUUGAUGAGUCUGGCAGAUGAAGUACGUGAAACCCUUAAAGUUGUUCUCUGAAUUGCUCAAGAAAGAUGCUAUACAACAAAGGCGCUUGCUUGGUUUGGAUGUAGGCAAUAAAUAUGUAGGCCUAGCUGUUUCAGAUCCACUUAAUAUAGUUGCUUGCCCUUUAAGUGUGCUGAUGAGGACAAAAGACGAUAUUGAUUUGAUGGCCAGUGAUUUUCAAACUAUGGUUGCGCAAGUGAAGAUUUUUAUCGAUGAUCUAUGUAAAACGGGAAAACUAGAAGGUUUAAAGUAUACAUUUUGGAAUGAGUCCUUAACAUCAAAGGCUGCAGAAUUGCUACUGAAGCCUUUGAAGCUGCAUCCAGUGAUGUCCAAAGCAAUAUUGGAUAAAUUUGCUGCUGUUGGAAUUCUCCAGGAUUACCUGGACACACUGAACAGGAGCAUGAAGUUGAAAUCAGUCACAAGGGCAAGGCAUUCCAGGAUCUGGCGACUGUAAAUAUCACACUAGCAAACUAGAAAUGUUGUAACAGUUCUCCUCGGUGAAAUUUUAUUUAUAAUAUUAAUUAGGGGUUAUUAUUCCAUGCAA